AUGGCCGGUCCACCACAGUACCAACCGCCCGUCGCGGUGAGGAAUGCUGCAGAUCUCGAAGAGGGCAGAGUGAGGAACGUCAGUACUGGUCUGAUGCGCCCCUUAUAUACCUCCUGCGCCGAGCACCAACACGCGCUUGAGAGAACCGCCCUCCCUCAGACUCAGCCUGCCCAAGACAACAGACAAGGACGACCUCGAUUCUUGACCUUGAACACACUACCGCGACUACCUUCGACCUCGCCAGCAUAUAGAACAGCUCCCACCAUGGACUCUCGCUUCUUGCGAUUACCUGUAGAGAUCCGUCUCCAGAUCUACUCCCUCCUCGUUCUACCGGCCCAGGCCAACGAUCUUCUACCUUCCCUUGAGAAGAUCUCUUCCAGCACGCAGGACUACUUCGACUACGGUGGAACUGAUCGACCGGCCACGGCCGACCUGUCGCGCCCCACCCUCUACAUCCGCACCAUCGACCCAACGCGAUAUAAAGCUCGAUUCCCACGCGACCCUCCUCACCUGCGAAGUAGCUACAGCGUUCGCGCAGAUCGCUUCCGAGCAAGAUGCAUGGCAACAACCUACCACUGUGUAAACAUUCCGCGCAUCGGAACGAACUUGGGCAUCUUGGGAACGAACAAGCAGAUUCACAACGAAGUCGCAGAGCUUCUUUACGGAAGCUAUACCUUUGACUUCGACACACACAUCGAAGCGAUCAUCCCCUUCCUGUCGGACCUCCCGCCGUUCGCGCGAAGCUGCAUCAAGGACAUUCGACUUGUGCAGCGAGCAUUACCUUACAUGAAGGAGUUCGACAAGUGCGAGUGGUCCAAUGCACUACGCUAUCUCACUUCUUGCCAUAACGACAUUCACCUUCGUCGUCUGGAACUCGGUGUCGUCGCUGGUCGACCAGGCGAGAACGGCUGGGACCGUAUUGCACGCUAUUCAGCACGAGACUUUGAGGUGCUGCAGCAGAACGAUAACAUGACCUGGCUCCAAUACUUGCUUGAGAUUGAAGGUUUACAAGAACUUGAUGUCCAAGCAGUCAUUGAGCAUUGUCCGCCUUGCACUAGUAGCUCGGCGAUGGCUAGCUUCGUGAGGUUCUCGGCGAGUGUCGAGACUGGCUUCGCGGACUUCUUGAAAGGGCAGUUGCUGAAGCCUGCAACUUCGAGGUUGGGUACGGCGAUGGCUUGA